AUGAAAUUAGCCAGAAAUUUGGAAAAGAAAUCCAUCAACAUUACAAAGCAAAAACAACACCUUACGUUCAACCAUGAACUUAAAAGAGCAAAGAUAUUACCGCCGAGCCUCCGUUUCAAUCCUCCCAUCAACUGCUAUGAAGGCCGUAAGAUCGCCGCUAAGGCCGGUUGGGGUUUCGUGAGAUUACGUAUAAAUCAUGGACACCAACGCAUCAAACAAUUAGAGCAUAUUCGUCUGGAAUGCAAGCAAAAGCUUUUAUCAAUUUUGCCACAAGAACAUUGGGAUAUGUUAGACAAUGUCGUAAAACACAACGCUGAGAGAGUUAAGGAAACAGUUCAGACCAGACACGUCCAUAAACUCGCUAAGUUAGACGCCACAAACAGUAGCGAUUACAUUGACAAGGACAGAUGGGUGAUUAACCUAUCCGGCCAUCAACUAACACCUGCCGAGACAAGAGUCCUACGAUAUGGUUUCAAUUUUGCACCAGCACCGAAAGCAAUCCCUGUACCAAAGAUCGUAGCAAGUAUAGAAUCAGGAAUUCGAGACCUCCCUGAAA